AGAGGCUUUGGCCUGCUUUGGGGAUCCCCUGCCUCGGUCAAUGGGGAAGAAGCUACUCGACAGCCUUUCCAGAGGGUGCUUGGUGGCUCGUUCUCCUUGCCAACAGCGCUUGGGGUGCGGGUCCUGUGGCUGAGAAGAGGGAGGAAGAGGCGAGAAUGGGGUUAAGGAUAGUCUCAAAAUAUCAAAAUAAGGGCAUGAAGGAGAGUAAGAGGAAGAGUGGGAAUCAGGGCACGAUUCCCAGAGGAAGGAAAAGGCAGUUUGGGGCACAGAGAAAAGUUAGUAAAAGGAAGAUGUGCAUCUUGAACGAUCAGGCGCUAUUGCUGCCACCUAAAAAAAGUGAGGCCAACGAGGAUUACGGGGUUUGUAGUUUUACAGGGCGUUCCGGUGGAAGAUGGCGGAAAUAACUCAGCUGCGCAGACGCAGACGCCGAUUCCAGUUGCGCAUGCGCCUUCGCCCUAUUUCAAUAUUCGUUAUUGUGGAAGAAAAUACUUCGCCUGAAACAGAGGAGCAGAGACUUGACUUGUCAGACGGUGACUUCCAGACUUUCCCUUCUCUAGUGAUCAGAGGCAUAAAGAAAAGUGUAGCUUCUGAGCUGAAUGAUGACAACCUUGCAGAGUAAAGAAGAAUGCAGGAAGGGACCAAAGAAAACCUUUGCCCCACCUGCACAAAAACUGCAUAGCCUGAUGCCCUAUAACCUUAACUCAUCGAAGGAGGAGAUCCUGGGGAUCAGUUCCCCAGAGGCAGAGACCAGGCCAAGCCUGCUAAAGGCCAGGUUAGAGAAGAAGAAGGAGAAAACAACCAAAGAGAAUGGUACAGGCAGUGGCCAGGAGAUAAAAGGAAAGGCUCAAGACAACAAGAAAGCAGAGAAGAAAGAAAAGGGAAAAUCAACUCUUACCAAUGCAGAAUUUGAGGAGAUUGUCCAGAUUGUGCUACAGAAGUCCCUUCAGGAGUGCUUGGAGACUUCCUGUGCCCAGCCUACAAGAUGUACCCAUUUAGACAAGGAACCAGGAAUUGCUUCUUCUACUACUGAUAAUAAUAAUGCUGAUGGAGAGAGGGUAGUGGUACCGCAUAUUCUAGAGAUUUCAGCCUCUCAGGAAGGUGGAGUAAUCCCUGAGAUAAAGACAUCUAAGCCAGGCCAGCCAGAUCCUGCACCCUCUGAGAAGAAAUUCAAUAAACUCUCCUUAAGCAAAAGAAAGAAGGCCGCUCAAGAUGAGAAAAUGGAGAAAGCCCAAAGUGGACAUGAGCACAGGCAGAAAGACCAACUGAAGAAAACAGUUCAGGAUCAUUCUCAGAUCAGGGACCAACAAAAAGGAGAGGGAAGUGGUUUUGGUGAGUUCAGCCAUGGUUUGAAAAACCUCCUUGGGCUUGAAAAUUGGAGGUGGAGGAGAGAG